GGGUUAAGAUAGCUUAAAAGAAUUUCCAUCUGACUUUAUAAAGUCAUUAUCGUUUCUGCUAUGGCAGAAAUCCAUUUACAUCACAUGUGUGCUCACGUGUGUAUUCUUGAUUAUGAUAGAUUCAUCUCAUCAUAUGUUACGUGUGAGUAUUGUUGCAUGAAAUCAAUAUACACUGUGUUAAUCAACGCAAAUUGUAAAAAUCAGAUCAAUCCAAAAUUACAGGUUGCGGAAACAAUUUAGCCAUCUGCGUUUAAUUAACAUUGCGUACAGUUGAGAAGUAAUGAUUGCUUUGUUUUAAUGUACUCAAGAUUUUCUUCUAUUUGAUAGACAAUGUUAUCUCCAGAUGUGAUAGUGUCACACAAUCUUCAGCGAACAUCUAGUGAACCAGACCUGUGUGGGGACCUCGGUAAGAGGACGGUGAGCAACGCUUCAGUUUGUAGCAGAGCUCGUGCGCAUGCUCAACAUAUCCAUGUGACAGCGGAUGACAUUGCUGCUACCCGUGCACGCUCCGUCUCGGGCAUGGUCGCACCUGUCGAGACAAAAAAAAUUUCUGCUGAUGUAACUGCAGAUGCUUUGUCUAAUGGUGAAACGUCCAGUGAAGUGUCUUCGCAAGCUUUUGAUAAGUUACGGCAAGAUUUAAAGCAAGCACAAAGUGAGUUACGCUCGAGGGACGACCAAUGUCGAGCUUUGUCGCGUGUCAGGGACGAAGUCGACCAAGAAAUCGAAGAACUGACUGCAAGUUUAUUCGAAGAGGCGCACAAAAUGGUGUACGAGGCUAACAUGGGGCGUGCUGUGGCAGAAAAAAAAUUGCAUGAAAGCCAAUUAAAAUUAGACGGUUUGCAGGCUGAAGUGAGUGCUCUAAAAGUGCUUGUCAUUACAUCAACACCGUCAAAUCCUGGCAAGUUGUCGCACAAAAGAGCACCAAGUGCUGGACAGAUCUGCAGCGAUUGCGAAACAUAUCAUUACAUAUCCAAUGAAGACUAUGACUGGACCGUCAUUGAUGUUUUAGACAAAAAAGAGGUUGACCCAUUGGUCUUUCCCCAAUUUGUGUCGUGGGUCGCGCAGGCCUGUCCUUUAAAAGACCACCCUUUUUUAAGCUUAAUUCAUAGGGAUGACAUUAUACCUUGUUUGCGAUUUUCAAAUGAAGAAUUGGCAAAAAGCAUAUACCGGUCCGUCCAAAACAACAGCCUCGCCAUUGAACCAAUCAAAUCAAAGCCCAAGAAAUGUGCAUUGACAAAAACGCAUGGGGAGUGUCCGUUUCGUAUUCAAACAGGAGAUUCCGACGAGUGGUACCCUGUAAGCGCUUCGUGUCGAGCACGCAUCGUCGCUGUCGUAGAUUUCUUGACGUUUUUGCGAUACAUACGACAGGGAAUUCUUAAAAAAGACCUUAAUGUUAUGUACUGGGAAAUGAUGAAGAAACGCGCAGAAAUUUCUUUAGCCACUUUAGGUUUGCUUAAAAGUAAUGACAGGAGAUAAAAAACUUUAGUUUGAGUAUGAAGUUUGUUGAACAGUUAAAUAUCUUUUAAGGUACGAGAAUGUUUUUGAAUUAUUAUAGGUAUGUUUACACUGUAAAAAUACAGAUGCACGUAA